GCGCUAAAGUAACAACUGUUAGCUGUUUUCGUUUUGACAAUACUCGUCCAGUGCAUCACAUUGUAACUAAUCUCUUAACAAAAAAACAGUUUUGUUUAGAAUAGAUUAUUAACAGCAAUACAAAAAAUAAAAUCACCAAGAAAUUUUCUUGUCAAGAAAAAAAAAACAGAUUCACAAUGAAUUCAACGGAGAAUGAUAACAGAAAUACCCAGAAGUUUCAAAAAAAUCUUAAUGAAACAUUAGAAGAAAAAGAAAAAUUAAAAAAUAUAUUAUCAUCAACGAAAACUGAAUGUAACUUAUUAAAAAGUCAAAUUGAAUCAGCAACAGAAGAAUUGAGAAAAGUUAAUAAAGAAAUUCAAGACAUACAAAUUAAGAAAAAAUUGUUAAUAAAAAAACAAGCUAUCAGACGACAAAGAGAACAAAAGUACGUAUAUAUGUAUAUAUAUAUAUAUAAUUUGAACAAUGGGUCAAUGAAUAUUCAUGUAGGAUUUAUAAAUUGAUAUUAUACGAAGAAAAGUUAUUUAAUGAUAGUAUAUCGUAAAUAUUGGACUCCGAUUAACUAACAACAUAGUGAGUAUCAAGUGAUUUUAGUCUCAUAGUAUUUUCAACAUACCAAGGUACGAAGUGUAAUUUUUAUAACGAAUAUUUUGCAUGCUAAUUAAACUAUGCCACUUUUUGCUUUUGUUGACUCUUUUUGAUUACUUAUACUGCUUAGCUUUAAUGAAAUUAUGUAAAUCAAUAACAACAUUACCAAAAUUUCAUUAAAACAGGAACAAAAUUAUUUGUUUUAACUCCGUUACUUAUCCCAGGUAUAUGAUAUUGAGUUAAUAUGGUUACACUAAAUAAUAUAUUCUAACGCGAGCAACGCUAAAAAUUGCUGUGAAAAUUUUAUGCAUGUUGUUAAUCAGUUAGUAAAUAAAUCACCGAAAUCAAGAAUCAGUUGGGCCCAACUUUUGAGAUUUUCAAGAUAUAAAAUCGGUUGUUAUUACUUUAAAGCAAGCCAAUUGCUCUACAUAAAUAUAUUCAUUCGCUAGCAAACUAGUUUAUGUUUGGGUACUUUAUCGACUCUUAAACGUCUUCAUAAAUGAUUUCAUAUUCGUUUUACAACCAUUGAGUGCAUACUUCAUUAAGGGUUAUAAAACAUUAAUCAAAGAACCAUAUAAAUGUAAUUCUAGAUUUGUUUAGGUAGUUUGAAAAACACAAGAAUUCCUGUUAUUUAAUCCAUUGGUAGAAACAUGAUUUAAUUGAAGGAUUACUUCAGACAAACCAAUAAAUUACAUAUCAUUACAUUAGGAUUCGGAAAGAAUACAAAUAAGAGGGAUUAGAUAUUUUGAGUUGUUUUGCUUAGAACUUAAGACAUAACCUUUUAUCGAUUCUGUGCGAUUCAAACACUAAAUAAAACUAUUCUGUACAUAGCCAUCAAUAAGAUAAAUGUUAGCUCAGAUUAUUGUCUGAACUGUAUGUAGAUAACUCUGCUUUAAUCUUUAUCAUAAAUAGCGUACAGUAUAUUAUAUUUACACUGUCAUUACACUGAAAAGACUGGUCUGUUAUUUCUAUAUAUGACCACUCUGAUUUUUUCGAAAAUUGAUAACAAAUUUAUCAUUUUGCUCCCCAUAUUCCUCUUAUAACUAACCUAUUGCUAAUUUGGGUAAGCGGUAGACAUUAUUAAUACAAGUAUUUAAGCAAUUUUAAAAUGUAUGGUCUAGUUUAAUGUAGUAAAAAACUCAUCAUUUUUACGGUUUCCCCAUUUAUUAUUGUGCAGGGCACAAAAAGAUUUAUACUCACUAAUUUCAAAUAAACAAAAGAUUGAAGAUUUGAUAAAAGUUGAACGUGAAAAUUCUUUGAAUGAAAGGUAAUCUCAACUAAUAAUUGGUUUUUACCACUGUACUAACUCAUUUACUCAACAGAAUUCAUCAACUACAGGAAUGUAUUAAAUAUUCAGAAGACCAUUGGAUUUUUCGAUAUUUUAAUGAUAGAAAUUUCGAAGAUGAAUCACAAAAAGAAGAGAUUGAAGGAAAUGAAAUCGUUCUUAUUGAAAAUAAACAAAUUUAAUAUUUUACUGUUUGUUAAUGUUAUGGCUGUUGGUUUUUAUUGGUAAAUAAAUUGAAGUUGAAUUCACUAUUGUUCUUUC